AUGGCAGCUGCUCUACGGCGCCUUCUGCUGCUUCUCCUCGCCGUUGUCAUGUCCUCCUCCGGCGUCGGCCUCGCUGUAGCAGAGGGACAGACACACUGGCCAUUUAAUCCUAACUGCUCGACCACGGGUAACUACACAUGGAAUAGCCAGUACCGGCGGAAUCUUCUUGCCCUCUUGAGUGACCUCCAGAUGCGUGGCAUCGACAACCGUGGCUACUACAACGGCACGGCCGGCGAAUCGCCGGACGAGGUGUUCGGCCUCAUCUCGUGCUAUGCGGACGGCAACUGGACCCAGUGCCACGACUGCCUCUACGCCGCAGCCCCCGAGACAGAGUACGUGUGCCCAUUCAGCCGGCAGAUGAAGGCCGCCUACGGCCCGUGCCUUCUCCGCUACUCCAACGAGUCCUUCGUCUCCGUCGCGGACCUCACCGUCGCCAUCUACUCGUGGGACUACAACAAGGUGGACUAUCCGGCCAGCAUGAACAACACGAGGUGGGAUCUGCUCACCCGGUUAGCGGCGGAGGCGGCACGUUCGCCGCUGCGGCUCGCGAACGGGAGCGUGCCGUACGCGGCCAGCUCGCAGUCGCCGACGACCAUGCACGGUCUGGUGCAGUGCACGAGGGAUCUGAACGCGAGCGAGUGCAGCAGGUGCCUUACCAAAUUCGUGGCAAACCUCUCGAGUGUUUUCCCUAACAACACCGGUGGUAGCAUCAAGGGCUACAGCUGCUACGCCAUAUACGCCAUCGGCGACGGCGAGUUUCUCCGUGCCACUAUUCCACCGCCACUUGCGCAGGCACCGCCGCCCAAUCUCCCACCAGGUGCACAGCCACCGCCGUCCAAUCUCCCACCAGGGGCAGGAGAAGCUCUGCCACUUGCCACCGAGCGUACUAGCAGCAGGACGCCGCUGGUGGCCGGCGUGUCUGCCGGUGUCGUCUUCGUCAUCUCCUCGAGUCUCUUGGUUUUUUUCCUUUUGCUCCGCCGGAGGCGAAAUCGCAUGGCGACACAAGUAGAUAAUUUUGACGAUGAUCCAUUGGAAGAGGAAUUCAAGAAAGGGACAGGGCCCAGGCGGUUUCGCUAUAGCGAUCUUGCCGUCGCCACCAGCAACUUCUCCGACCAGAUGAAGCUGGGUGAAGGUGGUUUUGGUUCCGUGUACAAAGGAUUUUUGAAGGAGCUUAAAGUAGAGGUGGCUAUAAAAAAAGUGUCCAAGACCUCCAAGCAGGGGAGGAAGGAGUACAUGUCAGAGGUGAAGAUCAUAAGUCGUUUGAGGCAUCGAAACAUCGUACAGCUUAUUGGUUGGUGCCAUGAUGGCGGCGAGCUCUUGCUUGUGUACGAUCUUAUGCCCCAUGGCAGCCUAGAUACUCACCUUUAUUGUUCAAACGCCACAUUAUUGUGGCCACUCAGAUAUGAGAUUGUGUUGGGGCUUGGGUCGGCACUUCUGUACCUGCAUCAAGAUUGGGAGCAAUGUGUUCUGCAUCGUGACAUCAAGCCAAGCAACAUCAUGUUAGAUGCAUCCUUCUGUGCCAAACUUGGUGAUUUUGGGCUUGCCCGGCUUGUCGACCACGGCCGAGGACCAUACACAACAGGUCUUGCAGGAACUAUGGGCUACAUGGAUCCUGAGUGUGUGGUCACCGGAAGGACCAGCGUCGAGUCUGAUGUCUACAGCUUUGGCGUCGUCAUGCUCGAGAUCGCCUGCGGCAAGCGGCCCGCGGUUGCUCGGGGGCAAGAGGACAUCAUUCAUCUGGUGCAAUGGGUUUGGGAUUCAUGGGAAAGUAGAAGGACCCUUGAAGCGGCUGAUGCGCAGCUCAACCUGGAGUUUGACGAACGGGAGAUGGAGUGUGUGAUGGUCGUCGGGCUCUGGUGCGCGCACCCUGAUAGGACCCUGAGGCCGUCCAUCAAGCAAGCGGUCAACGUGCUACGAUUUGAGGCGCCUCUACCAAGCCUUCCAGCAAAGAUGCCCGUCGCGACAUUCAUGGCGGCAAUUGAUUCUUCAUUAGUUUCUGCAUCCCAGCUUACAGCGAGCAGAUGA